UGGUGUCGCUGAAGAUUGUGCGGAAGCCGUCCCGGGCCAGGCGAGGUGGUGGAGAACUGCGGGGCUUUUUAAAGGGCCAUCUCCACCGCAGCCGGUGGCCUGGGGGAACUGCUGACGUUGAAGGCUGGGUGGCCCUGAGAUCGGGAUCCAGGAGGUGGAGGAGAGACAGAUGUGUGUGAUUCUCCCCUCCCCGUCCCCCGGAAGUGUCAUGGCCAGACCUGCGCACGGCUCCGUGAUUGUCCCAGACUGGCACGAGACAGUGGAGGGCAAGGAGUACUUGGCCUGCAUCCUGCGCAAGAACCGCCGGCGGGUGUUUGGGCUGCUUGAGCGGCCACUGCUGUCCCCACCUGUGGCCAUUGACACUGCCAGCUACAAGAUCUUUGUCUCUGGGAAGACUGGUGUGGGGAAGACUGCGCUGGUGGCCAAGCUGGCUGGCCUGGAGGUGCCCACGGUGCACCACGAAACCCCUGGCAUCCAGACCACUGUGGUGUUCUGGCCAGCCAAGCUGCAGGCCAGCAAUCGGGUUGUCAUGUUCCGCUUUGAGUUCUGGGACUGCGGAGAGUCUGCACUCAAAAAGUUUGACCACAUGCUGCCGGCUUGCAAGGAGAACACAGACGCCUUCCUCUUCCUGUUCUCCUUCACUGACCGUGCCUCCUUUGAAGACCUGCCUGGGCAGCUGGCCCGAAUAGCAGGUGAAGCCCCUGGUGUCGUCAGGAUGGUCAUUGGCUCCAAAUUUGACCAGUACAUGCACACGGACGUGCCUGAGCGGGACCUCACCGCCUUCCGGCAGGCCUGGGAACUGCCCCUGCUGCGGGUGAAGAGCGUGCCUGGCCGGCGGCUGGCAGAUGGGCACACACUGGAUGGCCGGGCAGGGCUGGCCGAUGUUGCCCAUGUGCUCAAUGGCCUCGCUGAGCAGCUGUGGCACCAGGACCAAAUAGCAGCCGGCCUGCUUCCCACCCCCACUGACAAGACCCCUGACUGAGAGGUGGUGGCAUCAUGAGGAGCCCAGGACAGAGGGCAGGACCUUCGGCCUGAGCUAGGGCAGGCAUAUGGGUUCCAUCCUGAGACCUGGCGGGCAAGGUCCCCCUGUAAGGAAGCACCUUCCUGAAGGAAAACAUGGCAGUGUGUUCCUUCAGGGCGGGCACAGGACUCCAGGAGAGGGCCCCAGAGUUCAGCUGGGUCCCCACCUGCCCUUCCCCCUUCUGUAGCACCCAUGGAGAUUGAUGGGGGCUCAGCAGCAUCCUGGAUCUCAAGCAACUUUGACAAAACCUUAGUUGAGGUGACACCAUUCACUCUAGCAGAUAAACCCUAGAAUCCCAGUUGUCCAGCUCUGUAGAAUCAUUUUCCUCUUGUAUAGAUCUCACCUCCGGAGGAGAGAAAGUGGAUGCCUGUUCAGAGACCGUUCAGAGACCGUGGCAUCCCCCAGCUGGCCCUAGGGCACCUACACACAGGGAAAGAGGGCAAGUGGGGAAGGUCCCUGGGCAGCUUCUGUGGGUCAGGCUUAGGCAGAGCACGUUCUGCCCACAUCCUUUUGGCCAGCCCAUCACCUAAUCGCAGGGAGGAACUGAGGUCACCCUCUGGCUCAGGGGGCAUGGCCUCCACUCUAGGGCUCUCCUCAUCAUGAGAUUGCCAGGCUGGGCUUGUGAGCCCUGGAGCUAGAAAGCACCAAGGGCAGGGCCAGGGGCAGACCUGGUCAGGUCAGCUGUGAGCCAACCUGAGGCUGCUCUACCCUUGCAAGGCCUGAGAGGACCGGAGCAGGCCCAGCCUGUGUCACCCUGGCUCAUCAUCUUGAUGAUACCCUUCCUGCUGCCCCAUGGAUGAAGCCCUGCCCCGAGUCUGACCCAAUUGGGAGGCCCCAAGAACCUAACUACAGUGACCCUCCAAACCAGCUGACCCACAGAGGCACCUUCUGAGCAGGUAGCUCAGCCACUGCACAGGCCACAUUUGAAUGUGACCACACAACUGCCCCCUCCAGUCGCUGGCAUACACAUUUUGGGGCUCCUCAUUUUGGGGUGCACACCCUACACCCUGGCCCACACAUCUGAGAAUCUCCAUGGCCAUGCACACUGGCCUCCUGCUCGCCCUGAACACAGCCCCUGGACUUGUCUGCCCUCCCUGGGUGAAUGUUUAGUACCUCCUGACUCCAGCUGAUCCCACACUCCUGAAUGGGCAGGAGGCUGACACUCAGACCCACAGGCCAGCUGCCAGCCCUGGAUCUCAGGGCAAUGGUGCAUUGUGGGUAGGCCCAGUGAAGGGGAGGGACUGGCUGGGAGCCUCAGCCGCAGGUCCUUGUGUGUUGAGCCCCAGCUCCCCGUGUCUCCCCUAGUGACCUCAGGAGACUAACCCAGACUCUCCCACUGCAAGGCAGCCCUGGGUAGCUCUGCUGUGGUCAGAGGAUUGAUCCCUCACCUAUCAUCACCCGGGCCAAGAGGUCCCCAAGGAAAAGCAAAGUCGGAAGGGUCGGUGGAGCUGAACUUAGCCCUGCCACGUCCAAGCUGUGUUCUCAGCCCCUCAGGGCCUGGCCCCAGGGCCACGUUAGCACUCAGUCGGCCACCCACUCAGGCCUCCAGCAGAGGCAGAACUGGGAGCCAGCCAGGCUCCAUUAGCUGCGGGCAGUGCCCUGUGGAGGGGACAAAAGAAAAUGUACAUUUGGGCCAAACUUGUAGAGCUGCCACCCAUGCCCACUUUAAUAUCCUGUUCCUGCUGUCAUUCAGAUCUUGGUGUGUGAA